AUGCUUCGGUUUUUAAAUUUCUAUCAAAGAAAUAGAUUAAAUAUUCUAAGGUCAUCAUAUAUUCUUUUACUUUUUGCUACUAUAUAUACAUCUAAUUCAAGUAGGAAAAUCAAAGGUAUGGCUAACGAUGGUACCGAUUCUAGUGAUGAUGAAAAGGAACUAUCAGAUUCGCAAGAUCAAGAACAACAGAAACAGCAAGAAGAUACGUCUUUAUCAAGAUUUAUUUCAUUCCGAUAUAAGACUAAUGAGAAUAAGAAAAAAUCAAAAGUUAAGAAAAAAAAUCAAAAUAAAUUAAAUUUUCUAAUAAAAAUCAUUUUGAAAGAUAAGAGAUGUAUUGCUCUAUUGAUAACUCAAUCCAUCUUAUUAGUUAUUAGAACAUUUCUAACUCUACAUGUUGCCACUUUAGAUGGUAAACUUGUAUCUUCAUUGGUUAAAUCAAACUAUAGCAAAUUUUUAAAAAUAUUAUUGGGUCAAUGGAUGGUAUUGGGUGUCCCAGCAAGUAUCAUCAAUUCUUUGAUUACUUUCUUAACAAAAUAUUUUUCUUUGGAAAUCAAUAAAAAAAUUUCCAAUUAUCUAUUGGAUAAAUAUCUAUUGAAUAAUAAUGUUUUUUAUUCUACAAUUAAUUCUGUGAACAAUAACAUUAGUAGUAUAUCUAAUGAUAUAGAUAGUGACUCUACUGCAGUAGAUCAUGAUGAAAAUACCAAACUUAUCCAAAAUAGAGAUAAUAUUGAUCCAUCUGUAGAAAAUUCAAAUAUUUCUUCUCUAAUGCAAAAUAAGAAGGCAUUAGAUAAUAUUCAAUUGAUGCAAUUCCAAGAUAAUUUGACCAAGGAUAUCUAUACUUUCUCAAGCAAUACAUCAAUCUUAUUAAACCAAUUAUUAAAACCAACUUUAGAUUUAAUACUAUGUUCAUUUAAACUAUUGUCUUCAAAUAGUUCAAUCAUGGGAGAAGGUACGUUGAUUUUGGGUUUGAUUGUAUUUCUAUCCAAUUCAAUAUUACGAAUAGUACAACCAAAUUUUAUUAAUAUAACAAUUAAAAAGGCAAUAUUAGAAAGUAAUUUUAGAUCAUUACAUUCAAACUUACAUUCAAAUAACGAAGAAGUAGCUUUGCUAAGGGGUCAAAGGAGAGAGUUAUUGAAUCUGGAUUACUCUUUUUACAAAAUCAUAUUAUUUAUUAAUAAAGAAUUAAAACAAAGGGCCAUAUAUGAUUUAGCAACUACUUUUAUUGUCAAAUAUACUUGGGGUGCAGCAGGUUUAUUCUUAUGUUCAAUUCCAAUUUUUUUUAAGAAUGAUAGUUCAAUUAAUAAUGGCGUCAGUAAUGAUUUAACUGCGGAAUUCAUCACAAAUAGAAGAUUAUUGUUAACAGCAUCUAGUUCCUUUGGUAAAUUUGUAGAAUUGAAAAAAAAUAUUCAACAAUUAAAAGGUGUUUCAUAUAGAUUAAUUGAUUUCAAUAAAAUAUUAGAUGAAAAAGUAACAGAAUAUGAGAAGCAAAAUGUACAUUCAUCUCCAUUAAAAAAUAUUGAAUCACCUACUAUUGAAAGUAAUAAUAAAAAUAUUGGAUUGCCUAUUACUACUAACAAUGAUGCAGAAGCUUUAAUGGAAUAUGACGAUUCUAAGAUUGAAUUUAUUAAUGUACCUUUAAUAACACCUGGUAAUCAAGUAUUAGUGCCAUCUUUAACAUUUAGGCUUAAUUAUGGUGAUCAUCUAUUAAUUAUUGGUCCAAAUGGUUGUGGUAAGUCUUCUUUAUUCCGUAUUUUAGGUAAUUUAUGGCCAAUUCAGCAAUAUAAAGGAAAUGAUCCCAACUUGAAAAAUAUAAAGACCAAAUUAAUAAUGCCACAUAGAAAUAAUUAUUAUUCUGAUACUGAAAUGGAAUAUGUCAGUAGCACAAAUUCCCCUUCAAACUCAUUUUUCGAUUCUGAUUUAGUUUCUGAGUCAGGAAGAAGAAGUUCCUCUUUUGAUGAUUCUUCUAUAUUUGAAGUUAUGUCACCAUCUUCAAAUUGUAAUAUAUUUUAUUUACCUCAAAGACCGUAUAUGGGUAAUAAGUAUACUUUCAGAGAACAAAUUAUAUACCCUGACACGACAAGGCAAUUUGAAAACCGAUUUAAUAAUAGUUAUACAAAAGGUGAUGAAUACUUGGCAAAAAUAUUAAAAAUGGUAGAAUUGGAAGAUUUAAUAACUGAAAACCUGGCUAUCGCCUUAGCUAAAAAGGACUCCUCCGAUGCUGGAAACAAUUCUAUGGAUAUUGAAGAUAAAGAAGCCUUUAACAUUGUACGAAAUUGGAACGACGAGUUAUCCAUUGGUAUUCAACAAAGAUUGGCAAUGGCAAGAAUGUAUUACCAUAAACCAAAAUUUGCUGUUUUAGAUGAAUGUACAUCUGCAGUGUCUCCAGAAAUGGAACAGAAAAUGUAUGAAACUGCUCAAAGUCUGGGUGUUUCAUUAAUUUCUGUCUGCCAUCGUACAAGUCUGUGGCAUUUUCAUAAUCAUCUUUUAAAGUUUGAUGGAGAGGGGAAUUAUCAUUUUGGAAAAUUCGACCCAAUUCAAAGGUUAAAGGAUGAGGAAAGAUUAAAUGAGUUAACACAGAUAUUAGACCAACAGGUUCCAGUGUGGCAGAGAAAAUUACAAGAUUUAAUUUUGGCAAAAAAAUUAAAUAUUAUGAAAAAAUCAGAGAGUGAUUUAAGACUACAUAGAAGCAUUAAUUCAACUAGUGACUUUAAUGGCAAUUCACCAAGAAAUCAGACUAAUGCACCCAAAAAACGGAUCAUAGCACCAUGUCUACCAAAGAGACAUAUUGAAGGUUCAAAUCCUCAGAGAAAUGAUAUAUCUAAUUCAUCAAUUGCCCCUCCUGAAGUAUAUACCACCAGUCCAAGUUCUCCUACAGAUAUUGAUUCUCCUAAUUCAAAAAAAGAUAAUUCACCAAGAAAAAAUAUUAAGCGUAAGCCUCAUAAAUAUGGUAAGCAAAAGAAGAAUUUAAAGGACAUAGAAAAUUAA